AUGGGCUGCGCGCAAAGCCAACCCAUCAGCGAAUCUGGCAACAACAAUCAUGGCGAUGCACCAAAUUUGAGCAUCAAGGAUGUAGGUGACGAGAUGGCAGUGACAGAUGACGGCGAUGGCGACUGGUGGCAGGCUCGCCAUUUGACAACAGGACAAGUCGGCUACAUCCCCUCCAACUUUGUGGCCAAAGUCCAGAGCCUGGACUCCAACGACUGGUUUCACGGCCAAAUCAAACGUGCUGAAGCCGACAAGGCCCUCAUGACCAUUGGGUCACAUGGUAGCUUCCUCAUCCGUAGCAGUGAAUCACAGCCAGGAGAAUAUUCCCUGAGCUUACGCAGCGGGGACAACAUCAAGCACUACCGGAUUCGCAAACUAGAUGCUGGGGGCUUCUACAUUGUCACGCGCCUGCCCUUCAACUCGCUCCCUGAGCUGGUGCAGCACUAUGGGCAAGAUGCAGAUGGUCUGGCAGCGCCCCUGUUGCGUCCAUGUGGCAAGCUCGAUUCACCCACCACGGCGGGGCUGUCAGCCUCUACCAAGGACGAAUGGGAAAUUCCUCGCUCGUCAAUCGCACUCCAACAGCGCCUCGGCUCGGGUCAAUUCGGUGACGUGUGGCAAGGCACCUGGAACAACAAGACAGCAGUGGCCGUGAAAACCCUCAAGCCGGGCACCAUGAGCGAGAAGGAGUUUCUGGCCGAAGCAGCGGUCAUGAAGCGUCUCCGGCACCCCAAGCUAAUUCAGCUCUAUGCUGUGUGCACCGACGGUGAACCCAUUUACAUCGUCACCGAACUGAUGGCCAACGGUAGCUUGUUGGACUACCUUCAGGAAAAUGGCCACUCUUUGCGUAUGCCAUUGCUGGUGGACAUGGGCGCUCAAGUGGCGGCCGGUAUGGCCUACUUGGAAGCUCAAAACUUUGUACACCGGGAUUUGGCCGCACGCAACGUGCUCGUGGGCCAGUCCAAUGUGGUCAAAGUUGGUGACUUUGGCCUCUCGCGCAUCUUGGCCGCUGACAGCGAGUAUACCGCACGUGAGGGAGCCAAGUUCCCAAUCAAGUGGACAGCUCCCGAGGCUGCAACCAUGAGCAAAUUUUCCAUCAAGUCUGACGUGUGGAGCUUUGGCAUCCUGCUGUACGAGCUGGUGACGUAUGGUCGCAUCCCGUACCCGGGCAUGACCAACAUGGAGGUGCUGCAACAGCUGGAGCGCGGCUAUCGAAUGCCAUGCCCACCAGGAACGCCCGAUGCACUCUAUGUCAUCAUGCGCGAGUGCUGGAUUGAAGAGCCUUCUGAGCGCCCCACUUUUGAGAAUCUGCUCUGGCGCAUGGAAGAGUUUUUUGCCACCUCUGAUGCCAAUUAUAACGAGACCCAAGCCCCCAAAACACGCGCGUUUAUGCACACAUUCAACAAACAUGAGCCACUUGUAUGCACGAUCGAGCCGCUCUCGCUCUCUCUCUCUCUCUCUCUCUCUCUCUCUCUCUCUCUCUCUCUCUCUCUCUCCUCUCUCUCUCUCUCUCGCUUUCCCUCUCACUCUUUCUCUUACGCUUUCUCUUUCGCUCUCUCUCUCUCUCUCUCUCUCUCUCUCUCUCUCGUUGUGCUUUUCCUUUGUGUCAUUGCUCUUUACUUUUCUCAAACCAAUUCUCUCUCUCUCUCUCUCUCUCUCCUCAUCUCUCUUUUGCGCAUUUGUUUUGUGGUUCUUGUGGUUCUCUGCUACUCUGGCUCCUGCUCCAGCUCCUGCUCCGGCUCCUUCGUGAUUUAUCAUUGUGUGCUAGGUGACUCGAUGGUGGGGGUUUGGCGAUCGAGCUUGCAAAGAGUCUAUCAACGUGCUUGUGUGAUAAGACCAUUGUCCCUGCGCACCCGCCUCAUGUCCGGCAAGAUUCACUCAGAGCCCUGCGAGCGCAAUGCCCCUCACAUUGCCAAGAUUUUGGCUGGCACGCUUCAGGCACCGGCUGCCCAAGACCAGCUGCUUGAUGUCUUGGAAGUAUCCUCUGGUUCAGGGCAGCAUGCCGACUACAUGACGACUCACUACCCCUGGCUCCGCUGGCAGCCCUCUGACUGCUUCGACGUCUAUAUGAAAAGGUCUGCUGCAGCUGGGCCGUUUAACCCACCCUCUGCUCGCUGCAUCGUCUUUGGAGUUGAGCUAACCCACACACCCCGUCGUCUGCUUCGAUGCGCUCCCAACAGCAUCACGCUCUACCAAGCUGCGAGCCCGGCCGGCGCCGAGGGUCGCUUCCUACCUCCACGGCACCUGGACAUGCUUGAGCCAACCCCUGAUGAUUUGCCAACCGCCCACUACGAUGCUGUCUUCAAUGCCAACAUGAUCCACAUCUCACCGUCUGGCACUUUGCCUGGAUUGGCGCGUACCGCCGCGCACGCCCUCAAGCCGUCAGGCUUUCUCAUCAUGUAUGGACCCUACGCCUUUGGCGGCAAGCUUGAGCCCCAGUCCAACCGUGACUUUGACGCCUCGCUUCGCUCCCGCGACCCGGCUUGGGGCAUCCGCAACUUUGAGGAUGUGGUCCAAAGCAUGGCCGAUGUGCAUUUGAGCUUUGUAGAACGCCACGCCCUUCCCGCCAACAAUCACGUUCUCAUCUUUCAAAAGGCAGCUUGA